UCCGGCCCAGGAAUAGCAAAGGGCAAGUGACUUGGCGCGCGGCGGGGAACUCUUCUUUGGCGUAGCGAGUUUCCUGCCGAGCCUGAGCAGGAGUGGCACCCGGCCCCGGUCCCGGAGCCGACAGUCGUUGGGUAGCCCAGGACGGGCAGGUUUCGGAGGGUGCGCAAUGUCGAGUUUCUCGAGAGCGCAACAGUGGGCCACUUUUGGCCGAGUAUGGUAUCUCUUAGAUGGAAAAAUGCAACCUCCAGGCAAACUUGCAGCAGUAGCAUCAAUCAGACUUCAAGGGCUCCACAAACCUGUAUACCAUCAAUUGAGUAAAUGUGGGGAUCAUGUUGUCAUAAAGAACACAAGGCAAAUUGCGUUUUCUGGGAACAAAUGGGAACAGAAAGUAUACUCUUCACACACUGGCUACCCGGGUGGUUUCAGACAAGUUACAGCAGCUCAGCUUCACCAGCGGGAUCCAGUGGCAAUUGUAAAACUAGCUGUUUAUGGAAUGUUACCAAAGAACCUCCACAGAAGAACCAUGAUGCAAAGGCUACAUCUUUUUCCAGAUGAUGAGAUUCCAGAAGACAUACUUAAGAAUAUAGUAGAAGAGCUUCCUCAGCCACGAAAAAUCCCUAGAAGGCUAGAUGAAUAUACCCAAGAAGAAAUUGAUGCUUUUCCAAUAUUAUGGGUUCCACCUAAGGAUUUUCGGAUGUAAUUGGGAGAAAGUUGUAAGAAACAACAGAGAAGCUUUUGAGAGUUCUGAUUUCUCCUUAAUAGUUUUCUCCCAACCUGAAAACUCAAGAGAACCCAGCUGCUAUGUGGAGAAGGAGAUCUGUUAAACAUGGACGCAGAAGAUUUGUAGGGGAAGGAACCAGGAGAAUAUCAACAGGAAGCUACAAGAAAAUAAUUUAUCAUUUAGAUUGUUCAGUGACCAUGUAAAAUGCUCAGAAUAAAGUCAUUUGAUCAGCUGCUAA